CGGCGCUGUCGGCAUUGGUAGCAAAGUAAAGAUGGAGGAAGAGGAUUUGGGUGUUCUGUAAGCAUAUCGGGACUGCAUGUAUCAAUGUGGUAUUCAUCUGUCGUGUGCCUCUGUAAUGCCUCCGCGGCGGAUGUGGUUGCGGUGGCUGCGUUUAAGCGGCGAGUGUGGGGAAACUCAAAUUGGCCGGGGUCUGGGUGCCUGGGUGAUCGAGAUUGCAGAUUUUACGGGGCACUCUGGAAUGGAAUGCCCCAUAUGGCAAGUAAGAUGAGGAGAUGGGGAAGAGCGGCCUGGGUGCCGACCCAGUGGCAACACUCGUCCACGUUCUCAGUGAGAAUCUCGGCGUCCUCUCAGGGGGUCCCUCUCCGGACGCCGCACGAUACGGCAGGCCUGGCGUCUGUCUUCUUCCGCCUCUUUUCUUUGACAUCCAUCCAACGCCCUCUGUCGUCCAUCCCCGAUUAAAGGGCUGGGUGUCCGGUACAUCUCGCUCCUUUUCGUCCACGCUCCUUUGCGCUCCCUCCUCCUGGACGCGUUCUCCCCUGCGCCCGUACACCAUGGCCUCCGCCACAGACCCCCUUGCGGGCCUCACUGGCAACAAGUUCAACACUUUCGGGGCCCCCUUCGUCGGGUUUGGGUUCUCUUGCUUGUCAGUCCACUUUUGGUCUCUCGCUCUUCC